UCAGGCCUACCGAUCUGCCAGUGACUCUCUGUGCACAGCAGAGUUAUGUGGUGUUCCCCCACAAAUUGGCUGAUUUGUAGAUUCACUGUUUGAGCCUUGCUUCCUGUGCAACAUAAUCUCUCUUGUGCGACUUGAUUGUGUGACACCAAGGACUGUAAAGAUGCUGCUGUCUGUGCCACAGAUGGGGUUUGGCCCUCGCUCUCAUCGUGUACAGCAAGCUAAAAAGACUCGAUGGGCUGAAUGGCCUACUUCUGCUCCCUUGUCUUGUGAUCUUGUGAACCCAGAAUUCCUUAAAACAUUUAUCGAGACUGAGCAGACACGACAGACUCCCUGUGCACCCACGUCUCAUCCAAUGGCCCCACCCAGUCCCCUCACAACCAGCAACAAUAACAGUAGUGGUAGCAAUAAUGCAGGGUGGGAACAGCUUAGUAAGACAAACCUUUAUAUCAGAGGACUGCCACCAGGCACCACUGACCAAGAUCUGGUAAAACUCUGCCAGCCGUACGGCAAAAUAGUAUCAACAAAAGCCAUUUUGGACAAGACAACUAAUAAAUGCAAAGGUUAUGGAUUUGUGGAUUUUGACAGUCCAGCUGCUGCUCAGAAGGCAGUGGCUACCUUAAAGGGUAAUGGUGUCCAAGCCCAGAUGGCAAAGCAACAAGAACAGGACCCCACAAACUUGUACAUCUCCAAUCUGCCACUAUCAAUGGAUGAACAAGAGUUGGAGAAUAUGCUGAAGCCAUAUGGACAAGUUAUCUCCACACGAAUAUUGCGAGAUUCUAACGGCACAAGUCGUGGAGUUGGCUUUGCAAGGAUGGAAUCAACAGAGAAGUGUGAAACAGUCAUAGCACAUUUUAAUGGAAAAUUUAUUAAGACCAUCCCUGGUGUCCCUGCUCCCAUAGAACCAUUACUAUGCAAGUUUGCAGAUGGUGGUCAGAAAAAGCGGCAAAAUCAAAACAAGUAUGUGCAGAACGGCCGAGCAUGGCAUCGAGAGGGAGAGGUGAGACUUGCAGGCAUGACCCUUGCAUAUGAUCCUGGUGCCAUGCAAAAUGGAUUUUAUUCAACACCAUAUAGUAUUGCAGCAAAUAGAAUGAUCGCACAAACAUCUAUUGCACCAUAUAUUGCAUCUCCUGUUUCAACGUAUCAGGUGCAGAAUACAUCAUGGAUGCCUCAUCAACCUUAUCUAAUGCAACAUGCUGGAGCAGUAAUGUCUCCAUCCAUGGAUCAUCCUAUGCCAAUGCAGCCUACAUCAAUGAUGAGCCCACUGACACAACAAAUGAGUCACCUUUCAAUAAAUAACACAGGAACGUACAUGCCUACUGCUGCAGCUAUGCAAGGAACAUAUAUUCCCCAGUACACACACGUGCCAACAGCUACUGUUCCGAUGGAGGAGCCCAGUGGUCAGCAGCAGCAAGUUUCUGUGGAUUCAUCAACUGAACACUCUCCCUAUUCCUAUCAGCAAAGCAAGUAAUCCUCAGAUAUGCAGUGUUGGGCAGAAAAACAUACAAGGACUGAAACAAUCAUGGCUUCUAAUCUUAUGUUCUUUAACAAUUGUGAACUUUUUGCACAGAUUCUAAGAAAAAAUAUUUGUAAUAAAAACAACUGAAACAAAUAUUUUGGUAUAAGUUCUGUCAAGUAUAUGUAAAUGCUAACCUUCAUGAAGAGGUUAAUAAACCUCAAGGAAAUAUGUUUAUUUUGGUAAGAAAAGAGAGGUUAUUUUUAAGAUUUUUUUUCUCAAACCUUAACAUAUAUAUUCACAGAUUGAUGGAGUGAAAUUUAUUAUUCAAGUUGCAGGUCAGAUUGGUCUUCAUGGACUAACAACUUCUGAUAUGAUUUCUGUAUUAUAUGCAAGAAAUUUUCUGAAGUGUCAUAAAUGACCAGGUAUCUUCCACUGAUGUCCUACGCUUGCUGUGUGAGUGUUGUGAAGUGAUAUUUUUAUUGAGUCUUUUUUCUUAAUGUCUACUUCAUUAGAAGUGGAGUGAUGUCAUCAGGAUUUUCUUUUUUUUUCAAAAUUGCAAUCUGCCUUAAGUCUCUUGUUUCAUUAGAUGCUUGAAGUGUUUUUUAAGAUGUAGUUACUUAGUCAUAGAAAGUAGCUCAAACAAUGUCUUGUAAAUUAGCAUUAUUAGAUUUUUAUAGCAUUAAGAGUUCCAAUUUGAUUCAUUGUGAAUCACACAUUUUAUUGUAGAUGAUUUUUAAAUUUUUUUCUUAGCUAAGUAGAAAUGUUAGGUAGAAGGGUGUGUUUUUCUGAAUUUGAUUAAAUUUUAAGGUGAUUGGGUUAUAAAUUCUUUGGAUAAUAAAAAUGAGCUGAGAAUUUUGCUAUAUAGAAAAAAAUAAAACAAUCCUUUGGCUUUCUUCAUGCUAAAUCAAUGUAGUAUUCUUAGAGUAGACAAAAAGGUAAACAUUGGUGGGCUUGUCAUGACUGUUUUUAUACUCUGCUUUAGCAAGUUUUAAGAGAUGCUAAAGCUUAAAUGAUUUAUGAUUUCUCACAAGUUAGGUGUGAGGUAGCAGAUGAUUUAUUAUUACAGCAAAAAAAAAGCUAAAUGAGAAAAUAAACUGAGAGAUUCGCAAAACUUUGGGUAUUAGCUCUCUGUUAAGUUUAUUUUUAAAAAAUACUUGGCACUUUUAACAUUACCAAAGAAUUUUGAGCUAGCAACUAGACAAAUGGAGGAAAAAAAGUUCUCUCAACUUAGAAUUUCUUCAGUACUUUUUUUAUGUGAUUUUGUGCCGGACCAGUUUGCGAUUCGAUGUGCCUUUUUACAUGCAUUUACAUUUUUUUUAAAUGUAGGGACACAAAACAAAGCGUGAAGGAAGGUUUUGAUCCAAGCAGUGCCACACUUUAUAUAAUUUUUAUUUCCAUCAUUGUCAUCCUCACUACAUGUGCUAGAUAAUAAUAAGAAUGAUUUUGAAGCUAUGAAAUCUCUGAGAACUUUUUGCAGGUUUAUCUGGUUAGACUCAGUUUCAUUACACAUCAUAUCAAGUAAAGUUCACCUUAUUCAUGACAUGUAUUUAAAAUAAAUAGGUCUCUUCCAAGUGACUGUGCAUUUGUCUGGUCAGCUUUUGAUCAGUUAUCUACCUCAAAAGGUUUUAUUUUCUGUUGUGCUUGGUUAGGUUGUUGGGCCUGCCUGUCUCAAUAGACCAAAUCACUCUAGCUCAGGAGUUUAGGGUAUUGUUUUAUUUUCAUGUGUUUAAUUAUUUUUCAGAAUUAUUUUAAUAUAUCAAUAUAUUAAGUUCUCAUCAGUGCAUUUCAUAGUUUCAAAAUAUUUGCUGCUUAGGAGAUUUUUUAACUAGUUUUUAGAUUUUCAACACAUGUAAUCAUUUAAAAAGUAAGAUAGUGUGGUAUUACUUGAUCAGUACUCCUUAGAUUUUAUCUGCUGUGUCAAAAUAUAGGCAAAUUGCAGCAUUACCAUGUACUUGGAUGAUUGCCAGAAUCAGAGCUACAGAUAAUUACUGGGUUGCUAUGAAUUGUGUAGGACAGAAAUCUGAGAGGUCUAUAACUGUGUGGAAUUGGCUGCUUUUGGUAUCUGAGUUAAGUGCCAUACUUGUUAUCUGGAUAUGAUUUGGAAAAAGUAACCUCUGUACAUAAAGAAAUAAUCAGUUCGUAAAACCUCACCUUAUAGACAACCAUUAAAUUAUAAAGAAUUUUAAUUUAUGAAGACCUUUUGUACAGAUUGUUUGAAAAUUUUUCAUAGAGAUGUCUAUAUGAUCAAGAGAGUUAAUUUUUUUUAUUGUUUUACUCGUGCCACAAACUUGCCAGUGGUAACUUAUUUGUCCGGUUCCAAAUGACUCGUUCUGUAGUUUUGUUUCCUGAGAUAAGUUGUUAAAGCCAAGAAAACAUAUUUGAACUGUAAAUUAAUUUAGAUGGUUCCUUAGUAUUUCUGUGCAUUUUCUUUUGGAAAAAUUUUGAAUAAAAAAGACCAAUUUAAA